CUUCACUACUACCUCCUCGUCUCACGCUACUGCUCUAUUCCAACGACACGCUUCACUUCACCUCUCCCCCAAAACACGCCUGUUUGCGCUCGCUGAGGCCGGUCCUCGCACUCUCCAUCCUCGCCCGCGACUAGAGCUGCUGCUCGUCUGCUACAUUCGUUCCUCCACCGCUCCGCCGCGCCUCCCGCUGCCUCCCUGCCUUCGCGCGCAUCCGAACAACCGCGCAGCGAACUGGUGUCGUUGCCCGCUGGUUUCGUCCCCCCGAACGGCAGAUCAAACACGCAGCAUCCGAGCUCGUUUGGGAUAUACGCUCCCAGCGCCCUCUUGCGCUUUUGCACGCCUGUCCUCGCCCGGCGCUGCGACAGGCUCCCGUUUCACCGCCAUGUAUCCUCAGCACCAUCCCGCCAUGCCACCGCCGCAGCAGGCGCGGUCGGUGGCCCCAGAGACCUUCCUGCUCGACCAAGAAGCGCAGUCCAGCCUCCCGCAAGACUCAGUCGUGGCUCUGCAACAAGUCGACAACCUGAAAUACUUUCUCAUCUCCGCCCCAGUGGACUGGAGUCAAGACCAGUACAUUCGACGAUUCUUGCUACCUACCGGCGAAUAUGUCUCCUGCGUGCUAUGGAACAAUCUCUUCCACAUCUCGGGCACUGACAUCGUUCGCUGCCUAUCUUUCCGCUUUCAGGCGUUUGGACGACCUGUCAAGAAUACGAAGAAAUUUGAGGAGGGCAUCUUUUCCGAUCUGCGAAAUUUGAAAUCUGGCACAGAUGCCUCUCUCGAAGAGCCAAAGAGUCCAUUCCUCGACUUCCUUUACAAGAACAACUGCAUCAGGACGCAGAAGAAGCAAAAAGUGUUCUACUGGUACAGCGUCCCGCACGACCGUCUGUUCCUCGAUGCUUUGGAGCGCGAUCUGAAGCGAGAGAAGAUGGGCCAGGAAGCUACCACAGUGGCUGUCAGCGAGCCAGCCCUGUCAUUCGAGUUCGACGCGUCCGUCUCGCUGUUUGAGCAGCUCACGAAGGCGCAGCAGAACAACCAGUCAACAUACAACGCGCAACCACCAUCAAUGCCACCAUCGCAUUCGACAUCGCCAGUUCUGCGUGCAACCGAUUCUAUGCCACCGCCGAACAUGAUUCCUCAGCAACAAUUACCGCCCACUUCGAUGCCAGCGCAAAUGUCACACCAGCCAGAUAUGCAGUCGGAGCAGAUGUCGCACAUGCCAGGGUACGGCCAGAUGGCGAUGCCGCCCAUGCCGUCACAGAUACAAAAGACACGAGAACAGUCAAUGGGUCCAGUUUUCGAUCGAAAUGGAGUACCAAUUUCGCAAGCUGGACAGAGACAUAGCUCAAUGCCAGCUUAUAUGGAAUACUCGCCCGCCCCUUCAUUCGUCUCGUCACAUUUCGAGGACUACAGCCAACGUGGUCUGUCCUUUGAGCCACUCACCCCGCCGCAGCAUUCGGUGGGCAUGCCUUCUGAGCCAACAUACAUCGCCAAUGAGGAUACUGGCUUGUAUGCAGCGAUUCCGGAAGUCGGCCUCCAACAGCCGUUCAAUCCGCUCAUGUCGGUACCACCGAACCUCUCUGGUGCGCACUACCCCUCCAUGAACCGCCAAUACCAGCCACAACAGGUAUACUCCGUCCUGGAAGGGUCUCCCACCUACAAACAGCGACGCCGACGAUCGAGUCUGACAAACAGUACAGUAACAGGUGUGACCACUACAGCAUCCUCGUCCGGACAUACGCACGCACAUUCCGUCCAUCGUCCAAGUGAUCUGCGCCGAUCUAUGUCGACCUCAGUCCAGCCACAAGCUAUUCCGGAAGGGCAAGAAAUGUCGUACAAUGAUUCGCCUACAAGCAUGCAUACCACACAGCAUCCCGGUUCCAUGAUGGGCGAGCACAGAGAGCUCAUGAAUCUGUCCCGUCACAGCACGCCAUCGCACGCGGUGGAAGGAGCUCAUGAUGAGCAGCGCGCACAUCGACAGAUGAGCCAUGUCCACAAUGAGGAUUACUCCAACUACAACCACAGUCCUAGUCAAGAUUACCGGGCUCACCCUUCAAUGCAACACCAUGCUGUGCAGCGCACAGCGAAUGGUGUCUUCCGCCGAGCACGGUCCGCCACCCUGAGCGAGAUGACCCCUUAUUGUCAGAAGAGCCAUUCGUGCCCGAUCCCAAUGUGUGGACGCCUCUUCAAACGCUUAGAACACCUGAAGCGCCACGUCCGCACACACACCCAGGAACGACCUUAUCUGUGCCCUUUGUGCAACAAGGCGUUCUCUAGAUCGGACAACCUUGCGCAGCAUCGUCGCACACACGAGACUAGCGCUGAUGGUUCCGCCCCAUCUGAAGAGGAAAUGGAGGAAGAGCGUGAUGCACUGCAAGACGCACACGAUGAGCCAGACCCAAUCGACGAGGCGUCCUACCAAGCGAUCGCCAUGACCACUGGCACGGAGUUGCCAGGCAUGCCGACCCACGUCGAUAUGGGAAUGGUUGCUCACAACGACAUGGCCCCUCCACCUAUGGUCACAACUGGUGCUGACUACCACCACUAAGAGGCGGCAAUCACAGAGGCACUUUGCAAAGCGUACGGCGCUGUUCGAUUCUGGCAGCAUUCUUAACGAACUUUUGACACGGCAACAACUUUUACUACUGUGGUUUUUCCAUUCAAAAAACUAGACCAAAGCUCCGCACUGCAGUUGAGAGGCUGCUUGAGGCGCCGCAGCUUGAGCGCUCGCGCCACGAAUGUAUGAUGAAAGAAGAAGUCUUUACGGUCGACAACCACUUUUUUUCUCUUUUGAAAUAACCUUUUUCGCCUAUUUCUUUUCACGUCUUCGCACUUUUGAGAAGGCGCUGGGGAAAUUGCAGAUUUUAUUUUGCCUCUUGGUCAUCGGUGGCGCUUCAUUCGUGUGUGUUUCGAGCGUGGCGAAGGUCUGGGGUCAUUGGCACAGGCAGGCAGGCAACUGGGAUACACUUUUGUGCGAUUUGUUUGUUGGGCACUGGCACAGACUCUUUGGCAUGAUGGAUCCACGGUAUUUGGAAAAGCUUCAUUGCUGUUGACAGCAGUUGCUACAAUCUUGUCAUAGUUGUUUGGUGCGCUACAUAACAGCAUUUAUUUGCAUGAAUGUCCAACAAUCUACAAUGCUGUGCACGCAUAUCCGUCUCGAAUCAAUUUGCCCAGCAAGUUCCCGGCACCGUUCUUCACAAAAGCUGCAAGCGUACCCGGCCUACAACCUCGUACGCACACACCACGGAUCCAUGGUGGCAUCAUGCCAUCACACACUUCUUCGCU